UUGGUAUACUGUGAAUAUGCAGUUAAGGGGUAGUAGCUUUUAAGGUCUCUCCAAGUUCUCAAUGCAUUGAAAUGAUUUAAUCCAUUUCUUUCCUGCGUUUGUGUAACUUCUGUCCCUGAGCAGUUGAGUAAGUGCCAGCUUUCCUGGGCGUCACCAUGAACCACAGCAUCUCUGGAGACGAGCUGGUGGUCUCCAGCGAGCCCUCAGCUGGAACGAACACAUCCUCUCGUGUCCCUGGAGGCGUCGCCAGAGGUACCAGGGGGGACGUUUCUGCAAUUGCAAAAGCUUAGACGACUCUCCAAAUGCACCUGAAGGAAAUAAGAGGCAGGCGAACCUGCAUGAUGCAGAGAAGGAAGAAUGUGUGGGCUGGUGGUCCAGCUGGAAAGGAAAACCGGAAAAAAUUAAAGCAAGAAGGAAUACAAGUCAAAUUGCCUGAAAAGUCACGCAGUCAUGCGGUGGCUUGCCGAGACCUGGACUUUUCACGCACAUAGGAGUGAGGCUGCUGCAGGUGUGGAAGCCAUGGGCAGUGUGGCUGAGACGCAGGCUCUGGGGCAGGCUGGGCGGGGAGCACCCGGCCCCUGCCGCUCACCACCCGGUGACCUGGAGCGAGUGGCCUCGCCUCUCUGAGCCGCGGCGCCUCCAUCCACAAUGCAGGGCUUAGACCUGUACCUUCUGCACCUCGCGCCACUCAGUUCAAAGCAGUAACAGGUGCGCGCACGACGGCACCUGAAACACGGAGAACACACAGCAGCUAGGAAUCCUCACUGUUGGAAAACCCCCUGAAGCUUCCAGCUUAGGCCUCAGCAACGAAGGUAUCGUAGCACAUGGAACUGAAGUCAGGUGUGGAAGUGUAUCACUGCGUUGGGAGAAAAAAGAUUUUUGUUAGAAGUUUAAGCACUGGAUGGAGGUUAACGUCAACUGCAGCACCCGUGUCCGGCACCCGUGAUGUCCCAGAUAAUGGUGCACAGUGCCUCGCGUGUAAGUCUCAGACACGGGGACCGGCACGCAGGGGUCCUCACAUGCACCCCGCAGAGCUGCUAAGUGGGGAAGCCGGAUGGAACUAAACUCUAUUUGACUCCAAAGCUCAAACCAGGCUGAACAGGGACUUCCCUAGUGAUAGAGCGGUAAGAACUUCACACGGCCAUUGCAGGGCGCACAGGUUCAAUCCCUGAUCAGGGAACUAAGAUCCUGCAUGUCAUGAAGUCAAAAAAGAAAGAAAACAAAUUCAGGCUGAACAGAAACAGGGAGAAUCAGGGCGAACUGCAGGCCAAGACCCGGGUGAACUAGGAUCAGGAUGGGUCGGAACGACGGGUUCACCAGUGUUCAGUUUUUGAUUCUGCUUGUGUGUGAGGCACACAGCGACACCAGCGUGCGUCCCUGGGCUCGUGGACCGGACAUGCUGGCGGAGUCUGUGCACCCAGACCCAUCCCUGAUCUUACUCUGCUUUCCAAGCCUGUGGAGACCCCGGGGGUGCGGGUCCCCAGGCGGGGAGCGUGGGAGGGGAGGGGAGGGGAGGAUCUUCUCAACAGAAGAUCAGCUCUGAUGAAAUGAAAGGACAAGUGAAAGCGGGGAACCGUCGAACGGCCAGGUCGUCCACGUCCUCUUCUCGGGGAUCGCAGCCCCGGGUCUGGCUGUCAGAAGAAGGUGCAAACUCUAGAACAAUCUGUUCCCACCAUUAUCUUAACUUUGUAACAUCUUUCUGAACUUCCCAAGCCCCUCAGGGGCCACACACAGACCCUCAGGAUUAAGAGCUGGAUUUAACACAGGACGACAGGAAGUGAAACACAAUUUCCCCUUUUUCAGGGCAAAACAAAACUGCAAGGGUUUUUUCCCUCUGCUCCUGAUCCUCUUUCCCCAAACAAACCUUACUUUGUCUUUGACUUCAUCCGGAUGCUGCCAGCGUGCCGACUGUCCCGGUGGGAACCAGCACAGCCUUGGGCUCCGUCCCUGCCUUCCGCUCCCGAAGCCUCAGCCCCCUAGACCGACGGACGGCGGGACUCGCGACAUGCUGCCGCCCAACUGCUCGGAGCACAGCCGUGCGGCGGAGGUGGCCACGGCCUCGCUGCUGCUGCUGGAGUGCGGGCUGGGCACGCUGGGCAACGCCGUGGCGCUCUGGACCUUCUUCUUCCGUCUGAAGGUGUGGAAGCCCUACGCCGUCUACCUGCUCAACCUGGUGCUCGCGGACCUCCUGCUGGCCGGCUGCCUGCCCUUCCAGGCCGCCUUCUACCUGAGGCGCAAGAGCUGGGACCUGGAGCGCACGUCCUGCCCGGCGCUGCUCUUCCUGCGCGCCCUGUGCCGCGGGGCCGGCGUGGCCUUCCUCACCGCCGUCACCCUGGACCGCUACCUGCGGGUGGUCCACUCCAGGCUCAGGGUCAACGCGCUGUCCCUGCGGGCGGCCUGGGGCAUCUCGGCCCUCGUCUGGCUGCUCAUGGCCGCGCUCAACCACCAGAGCGCGCUCCUCUCGGAGGCGGACUGCCCCAGCUCGGAGCCCCGGGAAGAGUCCUCCUUCCGCCGCCUCUGGCAGGAGGCGCUGUUCUUCGUCCAGUUCAUCCUGCCCUUCGGCCUCAUCCUGUUCUGCAGCGUGGGCAUCCUCAGGACCCUGCGGAAGCGGCUGCGGGAGCCGGACAAGCAGCCCAAGCUGCGGCGGGCGCAGGCGCUGGUGGGCGCGGUGGUCGUGCUGUUCGCACUGUGCUUUCUGCCCUGCUUCGUGGCCCGCGUCCUGCUGGCCGCCGCGCGGGCCUGCGGGUUCCGGAGCACCGCGGUCCACGUGGCCGACGUGACCGGCAGCCUCACCUACCUGCAGGGCGUGCUGAACCCCGUGGUCUACUGCUUCUCCAGCCCCGCCUUCCGGCACUCCUACCGCAAGCUCUUCUAUACCCUUACCCUGCGGACCCGCCGGCAGCACACAGAGGCCCCGGGCUGGGACCUCAGAGACUCGGACUCCUGAGGACCACCCGCCCUUCCCCGUCUCCAGGACGACUCCCCCAGGGGCGAGCAAGCAGGAUGGGAAGUCAGGAUUAGGCACUACACACUCCCCACCGUGUUCACCGGGAUUUCCUCCAGCGAUGGAGCCUCACGGAGCCGCUACCCAAACCUAAGCCAGCAGCGCCUCCGUGACACGAUUCUGAGAUAGGCUGAACCGCUCAGUUACGGCCCCACGCUCACAGCUGAGGAAAGAUGCUCUGGUGUCCAGUGAAGGAGGGGGAGGAGGAGGAAGGCGGCAUGGCUGGUGUGGUUCUGACUCUUCGGCGUUGGCAAAUCACUUUAACUUCCUAGGCUGGUUUGUAAAUGAAAACUGCCCUUUUGCACCUACUGUGCAGACUGUGAUAACCGACAUGGGGAAGUGGGGCUUCGGAGCUGAAACCAGGUUCCACCGGGUGUAAGCGUCCCAUGCUCAGCUCUGCUUAGCUCACCACGGUUUGAUAAACUCAAGCUUCACGUGCAUAAAUUAUAGGUCACACCCAAGACAGCACGGUCAGAGCCUACCUUUAUUAUUAUGAGUGCUUUCUUACUAAACCUCUCAAAAGUGCUUGUAGAACUCUCUAAGGUUUGAACGGCUAUGUGCUUCUGAGAUCCGUCUGCUUCCCCUGCUCUGUUUGAGCCUCCUGGGAGAAGCACUCAGAGUGAGACAGCGCUUUGCGUGUGAGACGUGCUUUCCACCCAAUGCCCGCAACGUGGAAGUCUUGAGCAAGGCGGCUGGGGCCCGGCCAGGAGCAAGGCCACCGCAGAGAGGGUGGGCAGAGCCCCUGGACACCGGCAACGGCGGCCUCCUCUCCUCUUUCUCUUAAAUGAUGUCCCAGAUUUGCAGCCCACACUGCUGACAGAGGACUUAGAACGUCACCUUCAUAUCUGCCUCAUCUCCCGUUCUCUGUUCAAGACGGUGGUGCCGCCCCAGAGGGACUCUAAGAUGCUUAGACGAGGCCUGUAGCACUGAUCCCGGGGUCCACCUGUAGGGCUGGGUCCCGGGAUCUGCCUGUAUCACUCGGUCCCAGGAUCCACUUGGAGCACUGGGUCCCAGGAUCUGCCUGUAUCACUCGGUCCCAGGAUCCACUUGGAGCACUGGGUCCUGGGAUCUGCCUGUAUCACUCGGUCCAGGAUCCACUUAGAGCACUGGGUCCCGGGAUCUGCCUGUAUCACUCGGUCCCAGGAUCCACUUGGGGCACUGGGUCCUGGGAUCUGCCUGUUUCACUCGAUCCCAGGAUCCACUUGGGGCACUGGGUCCUGGGAUCUGCCUGUAUCACUCGGUCCCAGGAUCCACCUGGAGCACUGGGUCCGGGAUCCACCUGAAGCACUGGGUCCCGGGAUCCACCUGGAGCACUGGGCCCCGGGGUCUGCCUGUAGCGCUGGGCCCCUGCAGCCCUCACUGGGGCCUCACAUGACCUUUACCUGUACCGCCCCCAGGGAGAGGUUUCUGCUUUUCCCAGAAGGUGGCUCUAUGAUCGCUGCAGUAUUUAAGGUUAGAACUGCUGGAAUUAGACAACAGAAAAUGGCAAAGCUACCUCCUCUCCAGGAUCUGCAUGCCUCCCACGUAGGCUCCUUGCCAGAACCAGACUUGAAAUGCGGGUGUGGCCUUUCUGCUGUGCCCCUGAAGGAUGCAGGCCACAGCACUAGGCAUCCAGUGUGUCCAGGGGUCCCGGGGAACGCGGGUCCCCCAGCAACACCGCUUUCUUUUCGGAGUUCAGUUCCUCCCGAGUGAACAGAAUUUCAAAGGACUUAGGAGGGAAACAGGACCAGAUGAGGUGUGAUGCUGCUGAGUAAACUCUCUGAUGUGGAUUCUAAACUGUGUUUCUUCUGUCUCAGAGCAAAGAAUUAUCUCCAUUUUUCUUCCUUUGAUGUUACUGCAUAUACAAUUUUAAACACUGCUUUAAAGAAACAGGGAAGCCUGGCGUGCUGCAGGCCAUGGGGUCGCCGAGUCAGACACAGAUGAGCAACAGAACUGAACUUAAAGAAACUAAUGUUCGAUGUAAGCAUUUCCCAUAUUACGAUAAGUUCCCCAUAAGCCUUAUUGAUAACCCAGUUAGGGUUACGGUUAAGAAACUAACCGUCCUUGUGUUGAUAACAUUUAUGUCCCUACGCAGGUAAAUCCACAUCCUUCAAACAUGUAGCCAUCUAGACAUCAGGUACCCUCGGGUGGGGGUGGGCAAAGCCAGCCCACGUGACCUCAGGACAGGCUUGCUGGCCCACAAUGGGCACUGCCUGCUUCCUACACACUCUCCUGCCGGGCUCCCUCCACAACGCUGGGGCCAGUGGCUCUGCCCACACCCAGGGGGGCCAAACGGGGUGGUCUCAUCACAGAACUUCUGCCCCUCAGGGUCCUGACGACCAUCUCCUGGACUCGCUGUUGUAUCAGUUCGGGAACUUUUGAAAUCUGGAUGCCUCAGCUCACCCCGGGGGUUCUGACUCAGUUGGUCUGGGAGGCAUGGGUAGGUUUGAAGCCCCCUCUUGAAUUUCGUUGGGUUUCCCAGGUGGCUCCAGGGUAAAGAAUCUGCCUGCCAAUGCAGAAGAUGCAAGAGACCCGGGUUUGAUCCCUGGGUCAGGAAGAUCCCUGGAGAGGGCAAUGGCUACCCACUCCAGUAUUCUUUCUGGAGAAGCCCAUGGACAGAGGAGCCUGGAGGGCUGCAGCCCACGGGGUCGUAGAGUCGGAUGCGACUGAGCAACAGCGUCAGUCCUGUCGCCGUGCAGUCAGGCUGAGAGUCCCGGGGUCAGCGGUCAUACCUGGGGCCCCUUGUCAGCAUGCUUCUCCAUGACGUCCUUGCCUUGUGACCUGGGACAGCUCAUCCAACUGCUCUGAACUUUCCCCUCCUGUCAAACGGGGACAGUAGAGAGAGACCACAUGGGGCGGUCACGUGGCUAAAACAAGACAUGCAACUGUGGGCACAGAGCCUGGCCCAGGACCCGGCGCACAGCAGGGGCUGCCUGGCCGUCUCCACGUGACCUGUUCAGUCGGCAAGCUCUGCUCAUGUCCCCACAAGCCUGGGGUCCCUUUGGGGACUCAGCCAUUCACCUACACACCCUCAACACAGCCUCCUGAGCCAGGUGUCCAGCAGCUCUGCUACAUCAAAGCUUUAUUGCUAUUCUCUCCUUCCAGUAAUUUCUUUCUGCGUAUUUUCUAAGGAUCCUGUGAAACAGGACAAACUUGUGUGUGUGGAAGGUUCAAGAUCUUCCAGGCAUCUCUGAGGAUGUUUUGGCCCCCUGGUCCUGCCUCUUCCGUCGGACGUCAGCUCUGCACUCGGACGGGCCCUUUCUUUAAAGACAGAGCACGGAGGCUGUCUUCUCCAGAGUAUCUUCCCUGAGUAAGGAAAUGACUCAGAAUGAAAGUGUGAGUAGACGGUGUGCGACGGAGUCGGAACCACAGCUUUUCUGCUGCCAGUGGCAGGUUUUGGUUUCUCUUCUCCCAUGACUCGCUUCUUGUAACGUGGCGGGUCCCCAGCCUUGCUGUGCGUCUUGCAAAUCUCAGCCCUGCCUCAGCUCUGACCCAGAUUUCCCUACGAGAGAUGUAUUUCUUUCUCUGCUCAGAUCAUGCCGUCGCGCUUUGAAACUCCCAGCCACCUUCUCCUUCCUCUUUCCAGACUGUAGCAGCCGCUGUGCCCGCCUGGGCCACACGGCUGCAGGUGCAGGCUCGGGCCUGGGACGCUCCCGACUCUGUCCCGGGAGCCCCUCCCCGCCACCCCUGCCCUUGGCCUGCCUCGCCCUGGCCCGCAGGCCUCCGUGGGCCUCCCGUCUGCGCUCCCCACCCUGGAGGCUCCUUGCACCAGGCCUGGCGCACAGUAGAUGCGUAAUAAAUCUGCAGAAUAAAUACCUACACAAAUCAACCUGAUUUUAAAGUUUAAAAAUUCACUUUAUUCAUUGUUUAACAGGGAUGUUUUUACAAUGGGUAGAGGCUGUCCCCGCAGAGGAACGCUGGACCCCGUGACUCCAGGUCGAGCUGUCUGAGGAUUCCCCACAGUGUAUCCACAGUGUCUGCACCGUUUUACAUUCCUGCCAGCAGUGCACGAGGGUUCCAGUUCCUCCAGCUCCUUGCCAGCCCUCAUCAUUUUCUGGUUGCUUGUUCACUUUUAUAGCAGCCCUCCCAAGGGAUGUGAAGGGGACAAACAUUUCUUUUAAAAUCAGGAGACACUUGAUGACUUCAGAGAUGGAGAAGAAGGCGAGAACCAGGCCCUCAGCGGGUUCGUUCUGAGGCCACCCUGCUCUGUAAUCCACCGAGAUCUCAGAUAGCUUCCAUGUCUAAGUCUCUUUUUCACUGGAACCAUAGGCCGGAAGACACGUGUCCUGAGGGUGGUCAGAGAAGCCACUCCCUGGAUGCAGAGCUGAGGGCCCCCCAUGCCCAGCCUCAGUCGUGGGACCCCCGGGAGCCUGGAGUCAGGGUGGGACGGGCUGCCAUCCCCAGGAGUGCUCCGGCCUCAGCUGGAGGUUCAGCCCCACUGCCCUUCGGCCGGGGAAACUCAAACCCAUCACCAGGUGGGGCCCACGUCUCCAUCUGGAAAGAGAGAUGACCGUUCACUGGAAGGACGGCUGGGAGGGCAGCCAGCCCCCCGGAACCAUGUCCUGACCUGUGCACACUGGACACCUGGGGUCUUCACUGCACGGUGCCCUGCAGAGCAGCCGUCUGCCGACUUCAGACUGGGAGCUGUGAGGCGCAGGCCCUUUUCACACCCUCCCCCAUCACCCCCCGGUACCCAGGCUGACACCCCAAGUUCACCAGCCCCGCCGCCUCCCUGGGCACUCCCUGCCCCAGGCUGGGCCGUCGGGGACUUGAUGGGAGCUUUUCUCUGUCAGUCCAGCCCCUGGACAGGCGGCACAGAUGGUUUCCACGUUCACAUUCAAUGGGACAGUUUGCUUAACGUGCCAGUCUUUGUCCUGUGACUACACUUUACCUCCCUGUAGGGGACAGCAGAGUGGAGACCGUGCCCCAGGGCAUUCCUGGUCCUGCGUGAGGCUCAGAGGGCAGAGGACAGAGAUGUGAGUGUGCUGCACAAGGCGUGAAAGACGGAGGGGGAGAGAGGGUCCCGGCUCAACUUCUGAGGCCCUGCACAGCCCUGCAUGGCCACCUGGCAGGUACUGGCCACCUGGCGUGCACCCCGCCACCUGGCGUGUAUCGGCCACCUGGCGUGCACUGCACCAUCACAGCAUCUACCUGACCACCCAGGGGUGCAGGAGGGGCCUCCCCAGGCUGCCACUGUGUCUGGAUUGUUAAAUCCUUGUCCAUCUCAGAAUUCUAACAGCUGCCCAAAGACUGCAUUCCACCCACAGAAGGCUUCUGGUUGACUCACAAGUAAUUUUUAAUUUGCCUUAUACUAUACGUAGUUAAGAAGACCCAAGACUCUACAUUUUUAAAAGUCUAGAUUUUCACCUCUUCUUUGAAAACUGGCAGACCUGCCAGCCCUGGGCACAGACCGCCCUGCCCCAGGCCUUGGUGUGGGUGGAGCCCCGCCCUGGAGUGGACUUCCCUGCCAGUCCGUCCUGGCCGCUGGGUGGCCCUCCUGGUCCCUGUGAGCAGCUAUGCCUUCAUGGACUCCAGUAUGCACCUCCCUGUUGCUGCGUGUGUGCUCAGUCAUGUCUGACACCGUGGACUGCAGCCCGCCAGGCUCCUCUGUCCCUGGGAUUCUCCAGCCAAGAAUACUUGAA